GUUUAUUAAACAUGCUACUUCAUUUUGUCUUAAGCAACCGUUGUGUUUUAUAAACAAGAACUACAUAAUCAGCAUCCUCUUCUAGAAAAGUUGCUUAAAACAUGGCUACUCAUAGUUAUAAAUAACAUUUUAAGUAUUUAAGUUCGAUUUAAGAUGGAAGGAUUUAAUUUAAUCAUGGAGGAGUUUUAAUUAAAGUUCGGAUUUCAGUAUAUUAGAUGGUGGUACGGUUUUGUUUGUAUUCCUGAUAUUUGAACACUUCUAUAUUUUGGCUAAGUAAAUCGCAGUAACAGAGACCAAACAAGAAGAAACAAAAAUAAAUAAACUUACAUAACCUAAUAUAUAAAAAAAUAAAAAAAAAAUCGAAUUUUUACAAUUCUCCAAGUAAUUAUGCAAUUUACUACUGUUUAGUGGGUAUUUUUAAGUUACAGCAUGAACAAAUUAGUCCUUCUAAACAUUUUGAAGCUUAGGGGUGGACAUGCACGUCACAUUACAAGUUGUUCACAAUUAAGAACAAAUGAGACUACACAGCCCCCAUUUCCAGUACCUGAAUUUACACCCCCCAAAAAUGAAACAUUGAAAAAUAAGAAGGCACGACUGGUUUAUCAAUCAAGGAAAAGGGGAAUGCUAGAAAAUGGAUUACUUUUGAGUACUUUUAUCCAUAAAUAUUUAGAUACAAUGACAGAAAAUCAACUUGACCUGUAUGAUAGUUUGAUUAACAAACCUUCAAAUGACUGGGAUCUUUACUACUGGGCUGUAGGUGUCCAACCCACACCUCCUGAAUUUGACAACGAAAUUAUGGACUUGUUUAAAAAGCAUGUCCAAAAUCUGAGCAAAGAACCUCGUAUUAGACAGCCUGAUUUGUAUUAAAUUUUAUUACUGAUAUAAUUUAAUAUCAAUGUAUAGAUGUAUUUAACAUAAA